CUAGCAUAUUCAUCUGUCGUUGAGACUGAGUGGCUCGACAUCUGUUACGCUUUCCAGUCCAUCCCGUCCGUGAGAAUUUCGACAUUGACUAUUUAGAAGUGUAUAUGUACAGUAAAGUACCAACACUGGAUUCAUUAUUGUCUUGAUCAUACAGGCUCUCUAUCAUGAUUCCCUCUAUGACCCCUCUAAAACAUCUUCGCCUUUUUUCCAAAGUCUAGAUAUUUAGAGUCUGGCUCCCGACUUCGUUUUCGGGGGCCACACCGCAGUCAUUUUGGAAACUAUUCAGCAUCCUCGUCCUUUGCAUUAAUUAUUUUGAAUGAUUGUGUAAGUUUGAAGACAGCUUGUUGUAUAAGUCGUUGUUUUACUUAAUUUGAACAAGAAAAACAAAAAAUAGUAAUAGGACUAGCAAAUUUGAAUUUUUAAGAUGUCGGCGAUCCAAAGGAUUUCGUUCAUUGGCUUCGGCCGUGUCGAGGACAUGCAGCUAUUGAUGACCUUCAGCGCGAGAAACAAGGGACCAGCAUGGGACGACCCCCGAAUGCCAACAGUACAGUUGAUUCCUCAUUCGUUAAGUGUUGAAACUGUCCUUUUUUGGAUUCUUAGAUUCGUUCGCUGCACUUACUUAGCUAAUAUAGGAGACGUGCAUGUGCCCAAGAACUUCUGUGAUAAAGCUAGCAACGCGGGCUUUGCGAUUUCCUCCAAGAAUCAUUUUUCUCUGUAGCUCUCUGCGCGUCAAGGGCAUAAGUACAGUCAUACCGCACUAGUUUCUAUACACGGUGAAAUCUUAAAAGCACAUAGCUUAAUGUUUCUCACUUCGACCUCUCCUCAUCAGAUAAAGAAGCUGCUAAAAGCGGCGAAAAGUAAAAUGAGUGCUGGGCAGAGGCAGAAGCUGAUGUGGGAAGCAUCACAAGUCUUCGUGCAGUUGGAUUUCCCGAAAGGAGGGCUGCUCUAUGUGGUAUCUCCCUAUUUCCUAGUACAAAUCUUUCUAGUUCUAAGAGUUCAGAUUUUUGAUGUAUGGUAUCCAAUUUUGCAGUACAGUCUACCACUCAUGUGCGGACCACAUCAGCAAUUAUAUGUUCUCCCUUAGAGGUAAGUUGACGCUCUUGACUUAGGCAAGCUGCCCAAUAAAUUCGAGUUAUCAAGUAGUAAUCUGCACCAACAUCACAAAAUAAUCAGCUUAUAUGCAAGAAGUCAGCGGAAACUGAUGAGGAAUAUCCGGAAAGAAUAGCGUACGCCUUUUUAUCCGAAGUUAUGCAGUAUGUGGAGAAAAAUUUUGCGCGGGAGCUCCAGAACCAAAACGUAAAUUUCCUCCUUCUAUGAUUUUUUCGUUUGUCUCCGUGGGGUGUCUGAACAAUCUGAUAUCGUGAAAUUCGAUGUCCUUUUCUUCUUUGGGGUACCAAAGAGCCCAAGUCGAAGAGUAAGACUUCAGUAGGUUACACCAGAAUCGCAACCGGUUAGUACUCUCUUGUCAGGGAAAUAUUAGGCAAGCUGCCGAAUAGAUUCGAAUCAUCCUAAGCACUUUCUUUUGUAGCAGAACUACAACGAGAACCGUACUUGCUCAGCCAAAAGAGUAAUUUGCCUCUGAUCUGCUUCUCCCUACAUCAAAUGGUAAUAGCACUUAAAGAAUAUGAUGAGGUUCGCAAAUGGAAAGAAGUACGCGGUCCUUGAGCGGCGGCGAUCGGUCUAGCGUAACCUCUAAGGUAGAAACUAGCGUAGCGCCACCAGCUGUAGGUCGUAGUCGUGUUUUUCGCUCUUCAGUAGCCACUGAUGUCCGCUGGUUUGCCUCGUAGACCCACGCCUAACCUAGCCUAACCUUUAACUCAUGUUUUAAGGGGAGCGAUAAGCUCAAAGAAAUUUUAUAUGCACGAGCGUCGAAAUUCUAUCGGCCUUGAGCGCCAGCCAAAACCUGCCCACAUGAGCAGGCCUAUCGAUAUGCGGCCGAAUUGCAACCCUGUGAGUCAAUAGUAGCACUCGCCAAGACACAAGUUCACACCAACAAGCGCGUCUUUCAGUGCGAGUGGUUUCGGUCUUCGCCCCAAGAUCCUGUUAUAUUAUUCUAAUCUUCUCCCUGACCUCUUUACUCCGACUAGGAUCUAUUAUCUCUCCUACACAGCAAAGACCUUGAUUGCAUAAGUUGACUCCCGAGCAGAAGUUCAAUUUUGCGACAAUGUUGAGCAACACCCUUAAGGAUCUAACUUAGAACCACUAGGAUCUUUCUAGCCCUUACAAUGAAAUCCCAUCCUUCUAUUCAAUAAUUUGAAAGAACGAACGAAGCUCCUCAAGCCGGAACGGGUUGAGUGGUCAUUUUCAAUUUGGGCUUCUGUAAAAAAUAACCGGUCACUUUAUCCUUUCACUUUAUUUUUUAUUAUUUAUUUAUUAUUUCCUCGAGUCACAUGAAUAGAAACAAAUCUUUUCCGUACUCAUCACAGCCCGGAGACGUUUUCCUGGAUAAGAUGAAGGACUGGCUCGUGGAGAGAUCAGAAGCAUUUGAUGAUCCAGAUGAGUAUGACAAGCUCGCCAGAGUAAAAGCAAAAGCAGAUGCUGUGAAAGGGGUACUGACUUUUCUUCAUUUCGUUGUGUCUUCCCUUUAUUCAGGUUCAACACCUUGUUGUGGAAUUUGUUUGUCUAUUUACAACGAACUGAUAAAGAAAGUAAGUAGAGCAAAAAUUCAUGCGAUAAAAACAAACAGGUAAUGAAAAACAACAUCAACGCAAUGUUAAAGAAUACGGAGAAUUUGAAUCUGUUAGAGGAGCAAGCCGGUGCUAUGGCAGCUGAGGCCGAGGACUACGAUGACGAGGCUGAAGAAAUCAAGGACUACUUCUGGUGGAAGGACUGUAAAGUAACGCUUAUCAUAGGCUUUAUCGUAGUUGUUGGCCUUGGAUUGGCGAUUUUCUGCUGCAUUAGCAAGUGCAAGGGUGGGUCAUAGUAGCAGGAGCUAGAGCUAGAAGAGGAGAAUGCAGCAAUGCUAAAUAGUUCCUAGAAUGUAGCUUGAACAAAAUUGAAAUAAGUAAUAUCUAACUAUAUAUAAGAAGUCAGCAAGUAUGCUAUCGAUUGGAUGUAACGUAACUAGUUGAAUAGAUAAAGUAUAGAAGACUAUCCGGAUCCGUAAACAACAUUAACAACAAGUCAGUGAAAAGCACUAAGGACAAUACAGUAGAACCAAGCGAAAUCAACAUACUCAUACAUUGGAAAAAGCGAAUAGAAAACCAUACAUUUGUUCAUGAUUCCUCUUACGCCUUAUCAAAUACGAGAAAGUAGAGAAGCAGGAUUGCCAUCAAUGACGGCUGGGAGAACUGUACAUAACUUUUGUGCGCUGGGAAAAAGCCAUAGGCUGAUGCUGUACAUUUUUAAGGUCGAGGAUAGUAUCAUGACGAGCGAAUCUGACUCAAUUCGUGUGACAACAAGGCAGAUAAUGACUCGUAGUCAUUACCUUUCUUUCUGUUUGAUUUCCACCUGUAGUGUUGCAUGCGAAAAAUCAGCUUGAGAUGGAAGAGAAAAUGUACUGGUGUCACCGUUACCAGGUCACCGAGCAGAUUUUCGUUGUACAUAUGAGGUAGAUUCUUCCGGAAUAUGCAGAUCUUCAUCGGAGUAUUAUACAGAGUUGUAGUCGAAUGAAUCUAGUUUUCAUCCGACCACAAGGAGCUGAAGGAACGCAUCAACUCUUCGAGCGUCGGCCCGUAAAUUCGUUUGCUUCAUUCGUAGAAGAAAUUGACUGAACAGACACAUCAAAACUGGUCGAGUGUGUUGGUUUGUAAUUAUAUAUGUUCCAGGUUCCUAAUCCAAAUCCUAGAUCCCCUCCUAGCGUAGGGGGGGCGUGGAUCCCCGAACCCCUUUUGGAGGCGUCUGCCGGGGGUGGAAGGCUUCCAAAG